CAAACCGAAAAAAGGAAGAAAAAAUAUUCUAGAGAGAAAAAGAGGAGAGAGAAAGGUAUAGGACUCUCACAUGGCCUCCAUGCCCUUGGGGCCUCACCAUCCACCACCACUGCCACAGCCACAGCCAGACAACAGCAAUGAGCCUCUGAAGAUCGUCGGUCGCCGCGUCUCCGACAUGGAAACCGAUAAGGAUAUGUCUGCUACUGUUAUCGAGGGGAACGAUCAGGUAACUGGUCACAUCAUUUCCACGACCAUUGGUGGCAAGAAUGGUGAACCCAAACGGACAAUUAGUUACAUGGCAGAGCGUGUUGUCGGAACGGGAUCAUUUGGAAUUGUUUUUCAAGCAAAAUGUCUUGAAACUGGAGAAACAGUGGCAAUAAAGAAGGUUUUGCAGGACAGACGUUAUAAAAAUCGCGAGUUGCAGCUAAUGCGCUUGAUGGAUCACCCAAAUGUAGUUUCACUAAAGCAUUGCUUCUUCUCUACAACGAGUAAAGAUGAGCUAUUUCUAAAUUUGGUCAUGGAAUAUGUACCUGAAACCAUGUAUAGAGUUUUGAAGCACUAUAGCAGUAUGAACCAGAGGAUGCCACUCAUUUAUGUGAAACUCUAUACCUACCAAAUUUUUAGGGGAUUGGCUUAUAUCCAUACUGUGCCUGGAGUCUGCCAUAGGGAUGUGAAGCCACAAAACCUUUUGGUUGAUCCUCUCACUCACCAAGUUAAGCUUUGUGAUUUUGGAAGUGCGAAAGUUUUGGUGAAGGGUGAAGCCAAUAUAUCCUAUAUAUGUUCUCGUUACUAUCGAGCUCCAGAACUCAUUUUUGGUGCAACAGAAUACACAACAUCAAUUGAUAUUUGGUCAGCUGGUUGUGUCCUUGCCGAGCUUCUUCUGGGACAGCCUCUGUUUCCAGGAGAGAAUGCAGUGGACCAACUUGUAGAGAUUAUUAAGGUUCUUGGUACUCCAACUCGAGAAGAAAUUCGAUGCAUGAACCCAAGUUAUACAGAUUUUAGGUUCCCUCAGAUUAAGGCUCAUCCUUGGCAUAAGGUCUUCCAUAAGCGAAUGCCACCAGAAGCAAUUGACCUUGCAUCACGGCUUCUUCAAUAUUCACCAAGUCUUCGCUGCACUGCUCUAGAAGCAUGUUCACAUCCUUUCUUUGAUGAACUCCGUGAACCCAAUGUGCGCCUUCCAAAUGGUCGUCCAUUGCCACCACUAUUCAACUUCAAGCAGGAAUUAUCUGGAGCAUCACCGGAACUGAUCAACAGGCUUAUACCCGAACAUGUACGGCGGCUGGCAAGUCUCAGCUUCCCGCAUCCAGUAGGUACUUAAUUGUAAAGCUACAAAACAGGAAGUCAUCUUUUCUGUGCUGGGUAGAUGGAUGGGAAGCAAAAAGAGGGCACAUCUUGUUUGGUCUUAUCACACUUAACUGAGCAUUUUGGCCUAAGCAAAAGCUCUUCCCCUCGCCCUUGGCAAGAAUGUACACAUAUACUCACUGUUCCGCUUAACUUGGAGAUCGGUGAUUCUGUCUACAAUGUCAUUUUAGUAUAAAGAAAACAUACUAUUUUCACGCAUAGAUGUACAUCGUUUUGGUCGCAAGGAUUCACGCAAAGGUAGAGUAUUAAGAAAUGUUCAUUGUUUCCCAAGGACUCGGAUCAUAUUUUGUCUCCCCCCCGCUUUCUUUCUCUCUUUGUUUUCUACUUUUGUUUGUGGCAUUCUGGGCACCAACUCUAUUUUUAUUAAUUAAAGUUAAUGGCGUCAUUCCCAUGAA